CUCUUUUGAUUUAGCUGCGAAGAGAAGCGGGGGGACACUACGGCUCCGUUAAAACAUUAAAAACGGGUAAAACCCGAAAUAAAGCGAUAUACUUGUAAAUCGGAAAGCACGCGGUUGAUUCGCGUUGGCUGCUGUUAAAAUAUAUCGUGUAUAUUUUAAGUGAGCAUCAUGGGCGAGGUGGAGCUGUCCUGUCGGGCUUAUGUGAAGAUGUACCUGCACGCCUGUCUCUUUCCGCGCUGCAGCAUCAACGGGCUGCUGCUGUCGUCCAGCUCUGCAGGCGGUGCUGUGUGUGUCACAGACUGCGUCCCCCUGCUGCACUCCCACCUGCCCCUGGCUCCCAUCACUCAGCUGGCGCUCACACAGGUGGACGUGUGGUGCUCGCAGACGCAGCAGAGGAUAGUGGGAUAUUAUCAAGCUAACGCCUGCGUAUCAGAUAGCAGCCCGACACCGUGUGCACUGAAGAUAGCUGAUAAGAUUUCGGAGCAGUUUGACAAUGCAGUUUUGUUAAUGCUCGACGGCAGUAAAAUGUCUCCAGACUACCGGGUUCCUCCCAUCGUGAUGUACGAGCGUAAAGACUCAAGAUGGACACUCAAAGACAAACACACGAUAAUGCUGCGACAGUGGGAGGAGACUCGGGCGAUAGCCAGUCAGAUGCUGGAGUCGGGAGAUCAAGCGCUAUUGGUGGAUUUUGACAGCCACUUGGACGACAUCACAAAGGACUGGACCAAUCAGAAACUGAACACCAAGAUAGCCGAACUCGCCUCGCCGGCCAACGGGAACAUCUAGUCGGAGAAGUAGCACCAGUUUGUACCAGAGCUCAGAUUUAUUUAUGUCUUCACCCGACGUCACGUGACUUUUUUACCCCGACACGAACACACAGAGAGUUUAGUUUAUUUCUAACCCAUUUAUUCAACUGGACACAAUAACAUGCAUAAAUAACAAUAUUUACAGCUUCAGAUCUCCACAGUGGUCCACCCCCCCUCAGAGUGUGCCUUGUGGUCCAGCCCAACACGCUGCUGAUUUAAAGGAAAAAUUCACCUUAAAAACCUUUUUUUUAACAUUAUUAUAUUGCACCUGUGGUACUUUUGGUCCUGUUUUGCCUUUUUUGUUGCUUUUUUUUAUUCUUCUGUACAUUAUAAGCAUUAUAAGUGGACGAAAUAGCAGAAACAUCUUACUGCGCAAAAGUCCUUCAGUAAAAGCUGAUUUGUUGAAGCUCAAAAUUGACAAAUACAAUAAAGGUGGUGGUAUAUGUAUUGUUAAACAUAUGUUGUCUUUAAAUUGGUCAAUUUUUUUAAUGUGCUAACUAAAUGCAUGAUCUGAACUAAGUGAUGAAAACACUACUGCAGUUUUUUUCCUCUUUUCAGCGUCAUGCUAGAUACCAGAAAAGCUUCAAUGCACAAAAUAAUCGGUUAACACUAAACUUUACCGAGCAUUUUUAUGCAGCAUAGAAACAUUUAAAUGGUUUAUAGCACUAUAAUGUGGCUGUGAGCAGAUAUAAGGGCAUUUUUAAGUGUUUAUUCAUGUAUUUUUCUCAACAAUUUAAACUCCUGAGGGUCUUUAAGUACUUACAUUUUUCACUCGUAACUUGAACGUAAAAAAACUUAAAAAUUAGACGUUUUUAACUAGAAUUACUUAAAUAAAAUUGUGAGAACAGAAUAAUUAAUUGUUUUAUGAAAAGUAUUAGAAACAAUUUUAUCUCCUUCUGUGGGGACCCAAAAAUCUGUGGCUGAUGUAAUAACGAAUAAUGACAAAGUGUAGAAAAAGACAAUUUAUCAGGGUUCAUUUGAGGUGCUUGAAGUGCUUCAAUUUGGCAUUCAGAACUUAAAGUGCUUAAAAGUACAACAGAAUAAUGAAAAUUUUAUAGAAAAAUAUUAGAAAAUGUUUCACUGGAAAGCUCAGAAUUGCCGUGCUUGAAAUUAUUUUCUAAAACCAUACGAGCGGCAUGAGCUUCCUGCACCGAAACAUCAUCAUCAUCAGUUAUUUUUCCUGCUCCUGAAUAAUGAGAUUGAAAAACAAUUUCCUCCUUGAAAGUCAUUGAAUUUGUCUGUUAGCAAAAACUCUGAUAUAGGUAAUAUUAUAAAACGUAUACUUUCUGAUAAAUAUUUUACAUUAAUUAACACUUAAAAUGUCCUUCAUAUCUGCAUACAGCUGCAUUAUAGUGUUAUAAGUAGCUUUUAAAUGCUCAUUAAUGCUGUAUAGGGGGUUAAAAUCACAACUCUUGAAUUUGGAGCCUUUAGAAAAUUGCAUAAAUUGCUGGUGCAUCUGCGGCUACAAAAAUUGUAAUUUUAGGAGAGGAAAAGUCUCCUAAAUCAGAUAACCUUUUUGCUUAAAAAUGUAAACUGCAUCAGAAAACAGAAACAGUGCAGACAUAAUCACACAGACAGCUAGCACCUUUAAAACAAAGAACGAGUCGUUUGAACGUUUCUGAACGUCACUGAUCACAAAAAACCAAAAACAUCGUGAGCUUCAGCAGACUGAAUUUACUGCAACACUUUUGUCCUGAAAUGUUCCUCGUAGUUUUACACGACAGUCCAACAUUUUUAAAAUGACUAAUGAAUUUGUCCUAACUCUCGAGAAAGUAAUCCAAAAUUGCAAUUUAUCUCAAGUUUGAGAUAAACUGGAAAAACGUGUAAAUUUGAUAACAUUGAUAACACAAAAUAAAAGUGCACUGAACGUUCCCGAACCAAUGAUUUCUAACAGUCUAAAAGGGUUAACGUUUGAUUUUUCCUUUAAAAGUCCUCGUUUAUAGUUUUUUGUAAAUAUUUCAGUGUUUGUACUGAACAUCGACAUGAAAAAGAACAAACUUUAGAGUCUGACUAACAGUUAUAACAUUUAAAUAAAAUAUUUCAAGUUACAUAUUUUUUUCACUACUAGCUUUAACUACUUUUAUUAUUGUGUUUCCCUUUUGAGAUUACUGUAAUAUUAAUAUAUAUGUAGUAAAAAUACAGUUGCCAUCAGAUGCUAAGGGGUAACACGUGCAGUUAACAUCAUAUUUUUAAGGAUAAAGCCGAUCAGAGCUGCUACUAAUGAUUAUUAUUUAGAAUAAAUCGUUGAGUUUAAGAAAUGCUGAAAAAUAGUAAGAAAAAACAGAAUAUUAAUUGAAGAUGGGAUGACAUUUUUUGUCCACUAACUGUCUAAAAUGUCAAGAUAUUAGAUUUAUAGUCAUAUAUGACAAUACAAAAUGCAGAUUGUCACAUUUGAGAAGUAUGAGACGAUAAUGUUGAAAUUAUUAUUAUUAUUAUUUUCAGAAAAAGUUGUUAAUGAAUUCUGUCUAGUUGCUGCAGCUCUGCAGGCGACUUCACAGUGUUGGCUUACAUGUAGUGUUUCCAGUUCACCAACUUAUCUCUACGAAGGAUGUGAAGAGCUGAAAGUCCAUCCAAAAAAUUUUCAAUCUCAGGGGAAAAAAAUGCAUUUUAUGCAGCCAAAAAAGUGCUUUCUGUCAUCUUUCGUACUUUCUGUCAUGGCUGAGCGAUACAGAAAAAGAAAGCAGAAUUGCCUCACAAAGUAGAGGCUUUUAAUGUGAUCUCUGUAAAU